AUGGGGGGUGAUGGGUUCGCAGAGGAUUCGGACGGGGUUUCAAUGUAUGAGAACGGAGCUAAAGGUAAAGAUAAAGGUUCGACGAAGGAGGAUGAGUAUUUUCAGAUGCAGGUAGCGACAGGAGUGUCUGGAGGCUUGAGCCAUAAAAGGUUAUCAAGGCAGUUCGAGAGCAGGGAUUCAGCACAAGAUUCGAUCAACCGAUAUGUUGCUACGGUCUGUUGCUGUGUUGUGUCGCUGUUUGUGUGGUGUUGCUAUGCGUAUGGGGGUCUUGCAAAGGAUUUGGAGUAUUUUGAAGAUUUCGAGGUUGAGGGAAAGGCCGUUGGAGCUUUCAGCCAACGUACAAAUUUGAAGAUAUCCUGCUCAACCAGAGCAAGGCCACCAGCCAGUCUGAUACUCAUACUCUGGGCUAGAGACGCCGCCACAAAUAGGAACCGUUCAACCAACACAGGUUCAAUUCAACUAGUUGUCUCUACUGCGUUACGUGCCCAGGAGCUGUCCCCCGAGAGGUGA